AUGACUGCAGUGAGUGAUAAUGAGAAAGAAGAGGAAAAGCACUGGCCACAAGUUAUGGUCAUUUUAGUCAGUAUGCUUGCUGGAAUAACCAACGGCAUGCUCUUUUCAUGGCCUUCUCCUUUUCUUCUGAAAAUCACCGAAGAUAAAGACCACUACGACAUCACAGAACAAGAAGGAUCAUUUUUUAAUAUCAUCCACCCGCUAGCGAUCAUAAUUUUCUGUCCACUUUUCUCCAAACUCUUGGACGUAAUUGGAAGAAAAAGGACACUGCUUCUGAUAGUCAUACCACAAGUAGCCAGCUGGCUGUGUUCAGGAUUCGCCAAAUCAGUGUUCGUUUUCUACGCUGCUAGAGUAUUCUCUGGACUAUCAGAAAGUUGCCUUUUUGCAGCUUUACCGUCUACAUAG